AUUCACUAGAAAAAACAUUACUGGUGUGCAUCUUAAGACAAAAUUAUUUUAAGAUCUGUCAGUACAAGUUACUUUCAGUUACAACAGCUCAAACAUGCAUUUUAGUCUAGGACUAGCUUAAGCCUCGUCUGUGAAACCUGGGGUUAAAGUCUAAAUUGUGAGAUAUAAACUUGAAGUUCUGAGUAAAAAAAAGUCUGAAUUGUGAGAUAAAAAGUGGCAAUUACCUUUUUUAUUUUUUAUUCCGUGGAAGAAACAAGCUUCCAUAUCACACUCUAUGAACUAUAGUAAACUGCUUCUCUGUGCAGAUUAUUGCUGGAUUCGCUUACUAACCGUCUGCAAUAUUUCUCCUUAGGGAUGAAUACGUUUACUCUCUAGUUUUACUCUGAUGCAGUGUUUGCACUGGCUGAUGUGCUGUGAAUUAAGCUCUCCUACCUAAAACAAAGAAAACAUAUCCAAAAGUGAAACGUAGGAUGAUGUUAGCAUUGUAUUUGUUUGAAGCUGCCUGGUGUGGUGGAAAUAUAUUCUUGUGUUCACAAUGAACUAUUAUGUCAGUCUUUUAAGAAUCCCUAUUUUACUUACUUUUUCUUCUAAAUGUGGCAUUUCCUAUUUCACAGAUGUUAGUGACACACUAUUCUGUAUUUCUUUGUGCACAGAACUGUAAAAGGAAAUUACAGUCAAAUAAAUGACUUAAUAUGGGCCAGUAUGACAUAGUUUCACUCUAAACUGCAGUCACAAGGGAUGAAGCACUCAUCACCAAACAAGUGUCAUUGUGGUUUGUAUUAGGUCAGUCCCAAAAACGAAACCUUUUAAAAGAAAUAAAAUGCAAUAAAUGAGAAUAACUGGGUAAAAAAGAUCUCUUUCUUUGAGUUUACUUCAUAUCUACAUUUUGUAUCUAAGAUCUCCACAGAAUUUUAACAACAGAGAAUCUGAAAAAAUAGCGCACUGUCAUGAAGUAUUAGCAUACAGCGUCUGAACUGAGAGUUGAGAAGUUUUGCUUCCAUUUUUGUGGCCAAAUUACGCAAAACACUCCAGAUCAGUACCGCACUCGCACUCUCUCCCUGGCAAGAGCCCAGUUCCACAAUAUUACAUAAUAAUACAUCAGAUAUGACGUGUCUUGCUCUGCACAAAUAAUAAGGAAAAUAAAAACAAGUUGUUUUUGGUGGGUUUUCCAUUGUUUUUAAAACACUGUGGCCUACAAAAGCAAUAAUAUACAGUAGGAAUGUAUCUGAAAUGUAGUAUAUUCCUAUAUUAAAUAUAAAAAAAUUAAAGAAUGAACAAAUUAUGACUGUAAGGGGCUGUACAGUUUCUAUAUAGAAUGUAAACUCAGUAAUGAGGCAUUUCCAGGAACUGCAAUGUCACCUGCAAAAAGGGGCAAGCCAUGAGAGUUUUUCAAAUAUCAGUCUGUUCACACUUUUCUUGAUUUUCGAUGAAAAAUUUUGAAAAACCUUCCAAAUUAUGAUACUAGGAAAGCUUUUUUCAUUCUUAAAAUCACUGGUGCCAAAGAUAGGAAAUGUGAUAAUUUUACUUGAAAUGUGACACUAAAGGGAAAAAAGAAGCAGCAGCAAAUAUCAUGGUUACAGUGAAGAAAUUAUUUUUUUAAGCUUAUAAUUUCAUAAAAUCAUUGAUUUUUCUGUUAAAACGUGUUAGUUAUUUGAAAUGUAAAUAAAUUAUCAUUUUAACAGUCACUUUAGGGUUUUUACACAGAAAAGGUUAGUAUCAUUUUAUCAAAGUAAAAUCUUGUUAACAUGCAUUAUCUUUCAUGAAUCCUUAAAAUAUUGGUUUAAAUAAUAUUCCUUUGCUUAAAGGUGUGCUAUAAAUCAAUGGUGCUCAUAAACGGCUGUUGAGCUUGGACUGGGAAUUUUAAGUUGGAAUGAACUUAAGUUGCAAUAGUCUUUUUUUCUUCUCUAUUGUGAUGUAUAGCUGCAAAGUGGCUUCUCGAACAAGAAAAAAUGUAGGGCGGGACUUGAUUUUGUCUAUGGGUAACUGAAUGGAUGGUUGUGGUUUGCAAUUGGUCGAUCUCAUGUGAGUGACAGAUUGUCCCACCCUUGCUCCAGUAAACACAUCGUUUUGAUUAAAGAUUAUGAGAGCUCAUGAAUUAAAAAAAGAAUGAUGUGCACGGAUAAAAUGUUAGAAUACUGCAAUAUUCCAUUAAUAAAAUUAAAAAUUGUCACUUUUGAUUUCAUGGUGACUUUAACCCUCUAUGGUGUAAUGUCAUUUAUAAAUGAUUCAGAGAAAAUCUCAUUUAAAAUACAAUAAUAAUAUUCAACCAAAAAAUAUUACAUUUUAGUAUUAUAAUAUGACAUCCCCUUCAGCCAAUAAAAUUAAAAUCUAUUCACCAUGUGCUUGACAUUUUUGGUAAGGAGCACUGCCUGUUGGCCUCACGACACUUCAAAAAUGAUGACUAAACAGCUCAAAAUUGAGUUACGUGUGGUUACUUAUGUGUGAGUUACAUUUUAUUUAUUUUAUUUUUAUUUAUUUUUUUGAAACACUGACAUUUUUACUACUUUUAACCUGUUAACUGUCACCCCCACUUUUUUUAAUAGACAUGAAAAUGCACUAUCCAAACUUUGGUUGUAAUUCAAGAAUACUUUGGAAUAUAGACAUAACGCUGGUCUUGUUUUAAAGAUGAAAUUUGGCAGAUUAUUGUAGAAGUGAAAUAACUUAUGUAAACAGAAAAAAAGAUAUAGAAGUUUAUGAAAAUGUAAAAUGUAAAAAUAUAAUAUUUUAUAUAAAAUAUAUAUUUUACAAAACAAGUUUUACUCUAAAACUUCAAAUCAUAGCCAUAAAUCUGAACAAGUUGUGUUCCAAAUUUCAAGUUGAUAUCUUAAAAAAUGAGCUUUCAGUAAGAUUUUGUUUGGGCGCAGUACCACACUUUUUCACUAGAUGACAACCAUUACUGACCAUAUAAAGGCCUCCAUUUCCAUACGGUUUGAGUGAUCUGAACCAUAUAUUUCCAUUAUUUUCAUACAAUUUAUGAAGUAGACAUCCUAUAUAGAAGUAGUAGUUUGAUAUGAAUUCAGCCUCUAAUAAACAUAAAAACAACAUGUGGGUUAUAGAUCGCCGCCACAAUCAUAUAUAUAUUUUUUGUCUAUUAAAAACAUUUUUAGAUCUUUUUUUCUCAAAAAAUUGAAUGGAUGUUAUCUUUUGAACUCUUGGCAAGACAACAAACUUGUUUCAACCAAUCUUUAAUGAUUUUUCAUGUUCAUCGCUAUUUCAAAAUAAAGGUCUGAACAUGCCUUAUGAGUAUGAAAAUAUGCUUGUUGCAAAUUGAUAAAUUAUUGCUCCUCUGUAAUUUUGAAAUUAGAAAUCAGUCACCAAAUAUGAAAACUAGAGACCCUAAGCUUUCAAAUGAUAUAUAGUUUGUCAAGAUUAGUUUAGGUUUAGUAUAGAAUAUUACUGUUUAAAAUAUGUAAUGGCUGUGGGUCCACUGGUGGGCCAGUGACAGUUAACAGUUAAGAUAGUUAAAAUGCAUUUGAAUGUGUGUGAUGUUUCAGAUAAUUUUCUAAACAUAAUUUACACUAAUAGAACAACGUCAGCUAAACCCUAAAAAGGUCAAAGGGUCAAAUGUAUACAAUUAAUUUUGGAAAAUGAAUUUAGCCUUAAAUAUAUGUCAAAUAUAAAGUCAUUAAUUUUUCCUAACUGUGAUUUCAUAAUUAGUCCCAUAGAGGGUUUUAACUUUUAGGGGCUGAUCCCAUUCACAUUUUUUCCCCCAGGAAAAAAAAAAAAACAGAGAUUAAUUUUUAUCGUGACCAACCAUCGAUAAAAUUCUUAUAGGACGUUAAAAUGUUUAUUAUGACUGUAAACGAGAAUGCAACUAAAUUUAAAAUACUGUUAAAGUGACGAGGAUGAAAGGGGCUUUACUGAAUAAGAAGGCUGAAGAUUGUUAUCCUGUACACACACACACACACUGUACUUGUGAAGUGUGUACAUAAAUCGAAACGUGCGUUAAUUCCCAAAAUAUGCAAGUGUGUGUCCUAAACUCCAGAACUCAACAUCUGUAAUACCACGGAAAUUACAAAACACAUGGGCAGCGGGUUGUUUUCAUUUUAGUUAAUAUGUUUUGAAAAGGAAACUCCCAUGUCUCCAAAAGAUUUAUAAACAGGACAAAUCGUAAUCCUAAGCAUUAGAACAAGCAACAACUAAACGCAACAAUGCUGCCCAGAGUCUGUAAUUAUUUGGCCGUAAGCAUUCUGUGCUUCACGCUGUGGCGCUUUGGUAUCGCCGGUCCGGUCGGAGCGCGUGAGUCGCCGUUGAGCCUCACUGGAACUACAUGCAACGCCCUCGCGCGCUCUCUGCUCUGGAACGUGUCAGCGGUGCUAGAGAUGGACCACUUGUUCAGCGGGUUCGACUGCACACAGCAAAACGCAGAGGUGCACAUCAGGACGCAAACGAUGUCUGCUUGCACACCGCAGAACUCUGGCUGCACUCAUGGUACUGUCCUAAAUAUCGAUGAGAAUGAAUGCCUACAGAAAAUUCUAGAAGAUCUCCACUACUAUCGGGAAACAUUUGGAGCGUACUCGAACUCAGAGCUCACCAAAACAGUCGUUAAAAGCAUCGAUGACCUCAUGCAGAACUGUUUCUCUGUCUCUGUGAUGGACAACCCUCCAGCCAAGGAGUCCAUGGAUUACCAAAAAUCUUUUCAAGAGCGACUGCAGCUGUGCAAAGUCCUAAAGGGUUUCAACCUUCGAGCAAUAACAAUAAAUCGAGUUUUCAACUACAUUUUGGCAAAAUAGCAAGUUGUUACCGGCCAGCAGUCAUUUAGCUUACUGUUACCAAAAGGAAUGAUUAUUUAUUAUUAAGUUAUUUAUUGUAUUUAAGGAUUAUUUAUUUAAUAAUUUAAAUAAUAUUGUUUUUUUGUGUGUGUGUGUUUGUGUGUGAACUUUUGUUUUGUUUCGUGCUGUUUUAUUAAAAGUUGCAAUGCAUUUCAGUAAAACUUUGUACAAGUCAUGAUUUGUCUUUUGCAUAGCAAUAUCAAUUGUUAAUACUGCAAUAUAAUUUUUCUUAUAAAUUGGUGGGAAUAUGAAGAAAGUCACAAUAACAAACACAG